GGGAGAGGAGAAGGGGAAGAGGGAAACGGCGGAGGAGAAGGAGAAGGAGUGGAGGAGGGAGAUGAGCGCGCUCACUCAGCAUCAGCAACACACACACACACGCACAAAGAGGUCGGAGAGCUGGCUCGUGAAUGGGAGAUGACGGAGCGCUGCAGGACGCGCUCAGAACAGGACUGAUACUCGCAUCCAUCAUACACACAGGGAGACCGGCGGCGGCCGGGUAAAUUCCAGCCAUUCCGCCGCCUGUUUGGAAGGAAGAGGAGGAGGGAGACAGAGCGAGGGUUUGAGGAAACUGAACUUAAACCCAGCCACUCCACCGAUGAAGUGUGCAAUGGAGUGGUCUCAGGCCCAGAAGAGUCCAGUCAGCAUCUAAGAGAGCUAAAUCCCCUGGGGUCUCGAGCUUUUUCACACGAGAGCAUCUUCAUCCCUGAGGAUUCUGUAGAGAAGCCGUGCUCAGAACUGACCAUGUCUCAAGAGAACGUCUCAGACAAAGUCAGGAACCUACAAAGGCAGAUAGCUCAUAAUAUAAAGUUUGGUCAGAAACCUCCCUCAGUUAGAAAAAGUGAAGGAGAUGAAGGUAGCUCAGACGAGGAAGAAAUACCAAGAAGUCCACUGCGAGUCCUGGCACAGGUGGAGCCAGAGCCACAGGAGACCGAAGCCAGGGAGAACGUUUCAUCUGCUACCUGUGAUGUGGUUCACUAUAGGACUCCUGUGAAGUCCCCUCGCACAAAGCGGCCUCCUCCUCCUGGUACGAUUGAAUCAAUUAACCUAGAUGCUGUUCCCCAGUCCGCUCCACGCUUGGACAACACUGCUGCCAAACAUAAACUGUCUGUCAAACCCAAAAACCAGCGAGUGUCCCGUAAGCACCGCAGAUUCACACAGGAGUUUCUGGAAGUGGAUAUUUCAGCACUUCUGCAAGAAGAGACAGAUGUGCAGAAACCUGCAGAAGAAACAGGGGUUUGGAGAGAAGGACAUGUAAGAAGUCACUGGACCAGAGAUGAGCAAGAGCUUCCUGAAAAAUCUAAGAAGCAGAGACUUCAUGAAGAGGAGCAGGAACGUCUGGAGCUUCAGAGAAUCCAGGAGCAAGUGAAACAGAGAAGGAGAGAAGAAGAAAGAAGAGCUGAGGAACUGAGACUGGAACAGGAGACAAUGCGCAGAAAACAGGAAGAAUAUCAGCGAAAGGAGGAAGAGGAGCAAAGGCAACGGGAAGAAGACAGAAGGAAGGAAGAAGAAGAAAUGAGAAAGAGGGAGGAGGAGCAACGCUUGAAGGAGGUCGAAGAGAGAAAGAGACGUGAGGAAGAAGAACGAAAAAAGAGAGAAAAAGAGAGAAGGAGAGCAGAGGAAGAAAGAAGAGAGCAAGAACUCAUAGCAGAGCGCCUUCGCCUGGAGGAGGAGAGGAAAAAGAAAGAAUUGGAGGAGCAGAAACGAAAAGCGGAGGAGGAGGCAGAAAAACGAAGGCUUUGGGAGUUACAGGAAAAACAGCACAGAGAAGAAGAAGCACGUCUUUAUGAGGAACAAAGAAGGCGACAAGAAGAAGAGGAGGCUGAGAUGAAAAGAUUGGCUGAUGAAAAGAAAAGGAAGGAAGAGGAUAAAAGAAAGAGGCAGCAAGAGGAGAUGAGAGCUGCUGAGGAGCACUCCACAUCCUCUGAUCCAGAGUGGAAGAGGAAAGCAGAGGAGCUGCGAUGGAGGGAGAUGGAAGAGAGGCAAAGACCUUUCACUUUCAAAGUGUCCUCGGGUGAAAAGCAAAUCCUAUUUCAGAAGGUCAAUCUAACACCAGUUACCCCAGUACCUGCUCAGCAGGGUGAAACAGCUGCUGAAAUCAGGGAAGGCACUGCAGGAGUUCCUGAUUCACCAACUUUAUCUUCAUCCCUGUAUGUUCCUCACACUGCUAUAUUAGUGACUGGAGCUCAGUUGUGUGGUACAGCAGUAAAUCUGGAUCAGAUAAAAGACACAGCCUGUAAGUCUCUGCUUGGUCUCUCUGAGGACAAAAAAGCCUUUGGGACCCCAGCAGGGAAGAGCAAGGUAUCACCAGAUCGCAAAUCUGGAAAAACCAAAUCUUUAAACGAAUCCUCUUUAUCACCAGACCAGUCUAGUGCUGCUGUCCUGGCAGAGUGGGCCAGUAUACGAUCCAAGAUUUUUAAAGGUGGCCUAGAUGGAAAAUACCAAGAGCACCCAGACAAACAGGUGCAGAGCCGAACAACAAGUGAGGACAUUGAUGAGCCACCAUUCUCUCACACCAAUCUCAGGAAGACCAUGUCAGCAAGCGCCAAGUUUUCCAUCACUCCAGCCAGAAAAAAGUUUGCAGACUCUAACAGAAAUUCUGAGGUCCUUAGUCAACAAGAGACAGAAGGAGGUAGGGGGGAAUUACCAUCCACAGAUUCUGCUCCUAGCCAGCAUCUCCAUUCACCUUCCUCUGCCAGCAAAGGUCAAAAUAAGGGAGGAAAGGUGGUCCGUACCUCAGAAAGUACAGAAGAAUGCAAGUUUGCCAAAGACCUUCCUUCUUUCCUCGUUCCAAGUCUGCCACAUGGAUCCCCGAAAGCUCCAACAUCUGAAACAGGACCCCUGAGCCAGGUGGAAUCAGAAGACUCAAAGUAUUAUGGGGAACAGAGAGAACAGAGUGGUGACGAGAGGCCCUCACCAUUUGGUAUCAAACUGAGGAGGACCAACUACUCCCUUCGUUUUCAUAGUGAGCAAUCCACAGAGAAGAGGAAGAAAAGGUAUAGUGCAGGUGACAAUUUUGAAGGCGUACCAGUGCCCCUCACCUCUACUGACCAAUACUCUGACACUUCUGCAUUCUCAGAGAAGACCAGUAUCACGACUCCACUUGGAGAGAGUGGAAUCAAAUUCCAAGGAAUCUCCAGUGUAGAGUCCCGCUCCAGGCCUGGUAGAAUUGCUUCCUCUUCACCAUGCAGUGAACGUGACAAACUCAUCUCUAAGCCCCCAAUUUAUCAGAAACCAGUCACAUUUCCCAAACCAUAUGAUGGUGCCACACCUCCACAUUCUCCCCUACCUAAACCUGGUAGAAGGACUUCUGGGGACAUGCUGACUCAACGAUCAGGUGGACCAGAAUUGGCAGCUUCUGAAGAGCGCAUUGAUCAAAAGUUAGAGCCCUCAGAAUCCAUGCAGUGUCAGAGGAAUGGUCAGGGGGAGGAUGAGCCAAAAGAAAAGAAGUCCUUCUUUCCAUCCAUCAGCAUUCCAUGGAGAGAGAAAACAGACCGUAAGACUGAACUCAUAAGAAGAGAAAAGCCCUCUCUACAGAGCAGGCAUUCCUUAGACAGUUCACGGGCACAGGAGAAGGAGACAGGACCAUUAUGGAUCACUCUGGCUUUGCAAAAACAGAAGGGUUUUAGAGAACAGCAGCAAAGCAGAGAGGAAAGGAAGAACCAGAGAGAAGCCAAGCUGGCUGAGAAACAAGCCAAGGACCGAGAAAGUGGUGGUAUAGUGAGCCCUACAGAGGGUAAGGGGAAUGUACACUCCAGUACUCCUAAGGCACAAACCCCAGAGGAGAACAAGAGACCAGACACAUUACUGACUCGCUUUGAACGUCGUGACAAUUUAAAGAAGGCCAAUACCCUACCCACUUCUGUCACAGUCGAGAUAGCAGACUCUACCCCAUCACCCCCAGCAGCAAAGGACAUAACAAAGCGCUUCCCACCUAGUGACACUCCGCAGGUUUCCACUGAACCAGCUUGGCUUGCUCUUGCCAAGCGUAAGGCCAAAGCAUGGAGUGACUGCCCACAGAUCAUCAAGUGAUAUGUUAACUUUGACUUCUUCUUUCUUUUUUUUAAAAAAAGGGAACACAAACUUCCAUGUCAUUCACAGGGUAUCAUAUCACCAUGCUCAUGACCAUUCACAAAAUACCACAUUACCUGUUAAACUGCAUUCACUUUUAAUUUUUUGGUGCCAUUUUCACCCCGGAAAAUGGGUAGCAAGCGGCAUGUAUUUCUAAAAUAUUGACAUACUUGUAAUUUUAUGUAAAACGGUCCAUAACUAUAGUGAUGUGUUCAAAACACACAAUUCUGGAUUUGAGAGACAGACACAAAAAGCUGCUCAAUUUUACUCAAGAGAAUCAUUAAAAUGUUUAAAUAAUUUGCAUUAAAGUUAAAAAAACAACACCACCACCACCCAUCAAACCAGCUUUCAAGCGUAUAUCUUCUAGUUACAACCCGGUAAUCCAAGCCCAGCAGACCUGUUGCUAGCAAAUCAUUUGUCCGAAUAUAUAAGGCAUGCGUAGUAUACAAAGAAACAUUACUAAAACAAAUGAUUCACAUAUGAUUUAACAGUUUGAGAUCAACUCUUUGGGGAGUCUUUUAAGAACUCGCUCAAGGGCUAAAGUUGCACAGUAGGUGUCAAAGUAACAAAUAUCUUACUUCACCCCAUGAUAUGUAUUGUGUAUUACAAGCAUGAACUUCAGAACUGGCUACUGUUUUUGAAAUUUUUUUAAAGGUUAGAUACUGGUCCUGACAUAUUUAAAAAAAAAAAAAAAUGUAUUUGUUAAAUUGUCUUAACACCUCUUGUCUAAUAUGGACACGGUUGAUUCUCUCAUUUGUUUUUGCGAAUAUUAACUUAUUUGAUAUGCCAAGAUUUUCACUGUGUGACAAAAGACUGCUGUCAUUUAAGCUGUCACUGAAAAUUAACAUAAUGAUGACAGUCACUGUGUUUACUUAUGUAAAUAACUUACAUAGUAAAUGUUAUUAAUGACGCUUCCGUUCAACCACCAUGUUAAAUCAUCUCACUGGAACCCGUUAACCAAACGUUAAUGAACUAUCUGCUUCUUGCACAGUGUUUAUGCCCUCCAGUUUCUUUGGAACACAGACUGCUCGCUUGCUGUAAUAGAAACACUUGUUAUCCUGUAGCUUGUGCUAGCUCUUCUUGUAUCAGACAUUAAAAGCAAGUCAGUGGGAGAUCAAAAAAAAAAAAAAAAAAAAAAAAAAAAAAAAAAAACAUUCUGCUGGGGGAAGACUAACCAAUGACUUUCCAGAGGAAAAGACAUUAUUCUCAUAAAUAACAACAGCUUUGAACUAAUAGAAAGCCUUGAUCUCCCAGCAAAACACCAACCCCGUCUACUUAAAGUAAUAUUUUGUAUGUAAUGUAUGUAGGUAUCUAUGUACAGAGGUGGACUGAACUGCACUGUGUUCCUUUGAAGAUCUAUGAGUUCUGUCGCUUUGUUUUUAAUUUGGUCCUGUGCAAUCGUGUAGCGUCAAAACAGUGUUGUAUGUAACAUUGAAAUAAAAACAGUUUGUUGGUAA